AUGGACCUCGAUCGCGAUCUGGCCUACUUCUUCCACUCUUUCUUACCCAUGAACGUCCUCACUAAAAACAACGCGUCAUGGCAAAGCGAAUUACAGCUUUUUUUGCAUCAAUCGCCUGCGUUGAGCAGUGCAGUCUCUGCUAUUGCUUCACUUCAUCGUUUUCAACAGGAAAGAUUGUUGCUUAACACAACAGGGGUGAGGAAGGACCAAGUUCAAGCUCUGAACUCAUUUAGUCAGGCUGUGAAACAUGUUAGGACUGCUAUCACUUCAAACUCAUUCGCGGGCCCUGCUCUAUUGUGGUCAACAUUCUUCCUAGCUUUAUUCGAGUUGAUGCGGGACAGCAGUGGCACGGACUGGCUUUCACACUUCCUGAAUGGCACGUGUGCCAUCCUCCGUUUGCAGCACCCAGCAUAUCUGCUGCUGACAAAUGCAGAUGCUAGCCAUAGGCGCAAUUUCUUUUUCACGACUCGCAUCUUCGAGAUUGCCCGGGCUUUGAUAUAUUCGCAGCCUACUUUUCUGAGUGAGCCUGAGUGGGCUAAUGCGCUAUCGCAAUGGUGGAGUUGCGAAGAAGGCCAAAGGCUGUGGCAUCCCAAAGAGGCACUGUUCGAUAUGCUGCCGCAUUUCUGUGACUUGAGCCUGCGCACCCUUCGCUUUGCCCAAACUGAAGAAACAUACCUACAGUCCAACUUGCAUCGCCCACAGGCUCAAAUGCUUGCUGAUGAGGGUAUUGAGUUGCAGCAAGGGUUGCAGCAAUGGUGGAUAUGUGCGGAAGCAUGGGGAAAAGAUACUUCCGAGGUGGAUGCUGAUCUUGUCGUAGCAAGAACAUACUAUCACGCCAUGAGCAUUUAUCUCUCAGGAUCUUACGACUACCACAGGCAUUGGAACCAGCCUGGCUCCCCGCCGGCUCCAAUACUGAACAGAUCGAGCAUCGAGAUGCACAUGAAUGAGAUCCUUCGGCUGGGUCAGGAAUUGCUUGAUCAUGGUCUUGCUGGCCUUUUGCUCUUCAUCCCACUUCGGAUCGCAGGAGCGCGUGUCUCUUACAAAAAAGACCAAGAUCUUAUCCUCCAAUUACUCAAAACCAUAUCGCAAAGAGGAUACGCUGUCGCAAAUGCGAUUCAUAUUGACCUUGUUGAACUGUGGGCGCGAAAUAUGAGCACAAACUGA